GAGUUUCUUUGGAUUUGGAGGACCAACAGUUAAUGUUAAUAUUCAAUUAGAUGAAAAUCAUAGGAAAAAAACAAUAUUUCAAACAGAAAAUAAAGAGAAAAUGUUUAUUCCAAUUUAUACUGAAAAAGAUACUGUUUUUGGAACAAUAGAAAUACAAUGUGAAAAUAAAAAAUGUGAACAUAAUGGAAUUAAAAUGGAAUUACUUGGAAUAAUUGAAAAUGAUUCAUCAAAAAUACAAAAAGAAUUUUUAAGAAAUUGUAUUGAUAUUUGUGGAACAAAUACAUUAUCAGAAGGAAUAACAACAUAUCCAUUUACAUUUGGAAAAAUAGAAAAGAAAUAUAAUAGUUAUUAUGGAAAUAUUGGAAGAAUAAGAUAUAUAAUUAAAUGUACAAUUCAAAGAUUUUCAAAAAUAAUUAAAGAAAUAGAAAUUGGAGUUAUUAAUAAAUCACCUCAUAGAAUUAAAAAAUCAUUUGAAACAACAUUAACAAGACCAAUUUUAAUGCAUUUUGCAGUUGAAUCAAUAACAUAUGAAGUAAAUGAUAUUAUUCAUGGAUUAUUAAAAGUUGUUACUUCUAAAAAUUAUUCUUCAGAUAUUUUUACUUCAAUUAAUUUAGAAUUAAUUAAAAAAGAAAUAUUUUCAACUGAAAAAAUAACAAAAGAAUUAUCUAAAAAAAUUAUUGAAAUUGAAGUUUUAAAAGGUGUUCCAGAAAGUGAUGAAAUUAUUCCUUUUAAUUUAAUUUUACCAACUGAAAAAUUAAGUCCUUCAUUUAAAACAAUUGAAGGAUUUUCUCUUCAAUAUUUUUUAAUUAUUAAUGUUCAUUUAAAAGAUACUUCUAAUUCUAAAACGGAAAUUCCAAUUAAUAUUUUAAAAGAAGAACAAACAAAAAUACUUUUUGAUGAAAAAAUGAAUGGAAUGUUAGAAUGGUUAGAUGAAAUGGAUAAAUUUGAAGAAAUUAUACCUCAAGAUUUUGGUGAAACACCAUUAAUUAAACAAUCACUUGAUGAAUUUAAUAAUGUUGAAGAAUUUGAUUCUCUUCAUGAUUUAAAAGAAGCAGAAGAAAAAUUAAAAAGUGAUGCUUGUUUAAUAAAAAAAGUAGAAUUUGACUGGUAA